AUGACGGUCGGACGCUACCUUGCCUGGGGGGGUCCAAUCUCCAAUCUCCAUGGGGGGGAUGAGCUUUGCGACGGACGCAGCCAUAACGCCCAGAGUGAGACACUGCUAGCCAGAGCUGACCCUCCCAGAGAGGAACCCUGGACAGACAAGCAACAACGUGACGAUGGACGAAUGCUACUGUACUGCAACUCGAUUCGCUGCUCCGUCCGCGGCACUACAGUUGUAGUAGCAUUUUGUGCCAGCGAAUGGCCAUUGUCACUCACUUCGGUCGGCCAACAUCCAAGACGUUGGCCGUCGAAACCCAACGGGCGACCGAGACCAGAAAAUGUCUCCGUUGACGUUGGGCCCAAGAGGCUUCGGUUCCCGGAUCCGCCAAUGUCCUCGUGGCUCAAGCCUUGGGACGCACGACGUAAGAAUGCGUGUACCACAAGGAGGGGAGGGGGACGACUCUUGGGAGCAGAAGCCGGCGAUGCUGGUUCCGGGCAAAAGCCUCAGGGCCCUUCCCAAGACCGGAGGCGAGUGCACCAAGCUCGCCGAAGCAAGCAAAGGAAGAGACCCGGGCUGAGUCCGGCCAGCAGCAAAAGUAAUACUACAUACAUCCGUCCAGGCGAGACAGCGCCAGUGCUUUGGGUUGGAAUGCUCUGCGGGACGUCUCCAUCGGCGUCUGGUGCUAUUUUCGGCUCCUCUGCUCGCCCUUGGAUCCCUCAGUUUUCUUUUCUUUUUCCUUCUUUCCUUUCCGGCAAAUCAGCUUCAUUCGUGGAAUUACAUUACACGGCGUCCACGCUGCCUGAAAUCGCCAGCGUGUUUGCAUGCGGUUGGUGCCCUGCGCGCGCGCGAUCUGCACAUUUCGCCCUUGCUAUCAAAGGAUCGGGUGGCACAUGGGCGUCUAGGCCGCCCAGCCAUGUGGCCGCCAGACACAAGGAGCUUCUCGCCACUCAUGACCCGAAUACUUGCAUAUAA